AUGAUUACGGUCAGAGGACAGCGGCCUCGACAAGAGCGCAUGCACUUUGGAGCGCGGAGGGCCCAGCGCAAUUUGAUGUCAAGAAAGCUCACCAGCUCAUUCCCCAGAAGAUGUAUAUACACUCAAUGUCUGAGCUCCGUCUAUUGGGCUCAGUUCCAAACGGCAGCUGGUCAAGAGGAAUCCUCCGUUGUCUUGUGUGAGUGCACUGGGGGCAGGGGAUUUGAGUGCGUGUACGACGAGACGGUGUGCACAGGUAAGCCUAGCAAGAAAGUUUGCGAAGCAGGUCAAUUCACUUGUACCACAGGAGAGGACUGUCUGGACGCCGAGCUUGUUUGCGAUGGAGAAAUCGACUGUCCGAAUGGAGAAGACGAAGCUAAUUGCAGUGAGUCCCUUUCGACUGCUUAUCAGCUUUGCUUUGUAAACUAA